GACUGGCCUUGUUUUCAGGAAGCGUUUCGAUUGCGUGCAGGGGAUCGACGCAUGGAGGCAUCGACGCAUUGGUGUGUGUGUCUCGUUGGAGGGCUUCGUUAGACGGGGGCGGCAGAGUAGAUUUGGAGGUGGAUUGGCGCAGAGAGAGAAGGUUUUAGCGGAGACUGUUUGGGAUGUUCGCAAGUUUGGAGAGGCUUUGCUGAAUUAGGCUGGAGUGGUGGGCUACAGGGCGUGGUGCGGAUUUCGACGUAGCCCACCAUUUGCCGGCGUGUGGGGGAUGUCUUCCGGGGAAUUCGGUGCAGAGCUGUGGCUCUUGAGAGUACUGGAAACGCAUCUUGGCUUGUUUCGUCUUGGCUUGGAGUGUAAGGGAGACGAUUGGUGAGGUGGAUUUGUUGAGGGAGGAGUGUGAAGAGGUUUGGUUUGCGUUGAGAGCGAGAGAGCGAGAGAGAAGGUGAGAGAUCGUUGUGUUUUUUCUUGCCCUACAUACUCUCUCUUAGAAGGAGAGGUUUUGGUAUUGUAGACGGGCAAUGGGAGGAGGAGCCAUGUGGAGAAGCGUCAUCCGCGUUGUGGGAUCGGGGCCUACAUCGGCUGCUACCAAUGCCGCCAUGUGCAGGAUGUGCACGACUACGCCUGCCCUGAAGGCGCCUACUUCCGCUCGCAUUACUUGCAAUUGCCCUUCGGACAUUAAUGCGCCUGGAAGUCAAGCUAACUCUGGUUUGAAGCAGUAUUUUGACGUUGAAGAUUGGGAGUUCGCCGGAGAUGACGAGAGGGACUACUUGGUUUUCGGAACCUUGCCAACGCAGCGAGAAGUGGAGGAGGCAACCUCCGACCUCCACCAUGCUUUGAAGAUAGGACUGUUCACGAGCAGGAGUUCAAGUCCGCUGGAGGCAUCUCUUGCGAGCGCAGGAUCCAGUGGUGAAGUGAAGGAAGUCACCAUGUCCUCUAUUGGGAAUGUAGAUGGAGAGGACAUUGGCUAUCAAGUGGAACAUCCAGUCUCAGACGACUGGGUGGAACCUUCUUUUGAAUUGGCUUCUUCUUCGAGGGGCAAGGAAAUUGCCGGAAACGGUGGGAAAAGUGCAAUGCUCGAAGCUUUUCAUCAAUUUCAGCACAACCCGCAGGUUCAGAAAAUGGUGGUCUCUUUAGCCACGGACAAGGGAGUGUGGGAUGCUGUGUUGGCUAACGACCAGAUUAAAGAAUUUAGGCAGAAGCUUCGGGAAGCCACUGGUCUACUAGAAAAUGGGAGUGAGGUUACUGUUGACGAGUUGGCUGUGUCUCUGAAGAAGGAUACCAACAUAUUUUCUCACGUUUUCUGGAAUACCAAGAAAGCAUUCGUUCAAUUCAUGGCUACCUUGCAGGAGCUCAUUCGGGGAAUCUUCGACACCGCAGAAGAACAACUUCAGUCAACCGAGACUGAUGAUUUUUUCGAACGCACAGUCAGGUCAACUAUGAUGCUUUCUGUGUUGGUAAUGUCACUAGUGGUGUUCAAGAGAUCCGCUGCUCACGCCUCCUGAUCGUGUUCCAUGUAUAUAUAUUCGUCGACGACAUUCAAGUACGGAUUUUGCUGAUGGUCUUCUGAUGCGGUUAUGGUAACAUUCUUUGAAGGUGAAAUUUUUUCACUCGACCCAUCCAAAGCUCUGGUUGAAGGGUAGAUUUUCCAGGAUACACUGUAGAAGUUCUGAUGCUGAUGUAGGUAUGGGGAGCUGGUGCGAUCAUGACUACAUUGGUGAUUUGUUCUUAAUUGCGGAGGUGAAGUUUUCAUUUUGAAGGCAUGCGAAAACUCGUGGUGUUGUGGAAUUGUGCGCGAAGAUCUGUGAUUUCGUAAAAUUUAUUACUUUGUAAAUUUUGUCUCAAUAGAUGUUAGAAACAUUUUGCCCUGUUCGUGUGAGACUCAUGUACUUGAACCGUGUAAGUUGCUACUGUAAAUGCCCACAUCAGAUUUGUUUUCCUGUGGUUGAAUACGAAUGGGAACAUGAGUUUCAGCGAAUUGGUUCAA